AUGCAUGCAUACGGUCUUCGCCAUAACGUCGUUUUCGCCACUACCACCUCCCCACUUUCAAUCAACCGACAGAAAUUCUACCGUCAACAACCUAUAAUGUGCCACAUUGCGCGAUCCGACACUCCUCCGAGGAUGAACAAGGUCCAGAAGUUACAUUUGAUUGAGGCUAUUCGAGGCCUUGAAGUUCGCACCGAAAAUCUCGGUUUCAAAGCAUCACCCUUUACCGCAUUCGACACCAGCAUAUCGCGAUGGAUAUCAUUUUUUUUUUCAGGAGAUGGCAUAGCAAAUACGCUAGCAGAAAUGUCAACUAUCGAAUUCCUAGGAGGGCAAAGCAAAGCAUUUCAACAAAGGAGAAGGACUCGAAUCGACCAAGACGCCAACAAAAGACUCACCACUAUGGCUCAAUCAUUCAUGGACCUUCUACCACAAAGCCUUCACCCAUUCUACCACGAUAACUCACCAAGAUCCUCCAGAGCUUUCCAGCGAAUGGGCCAUAAAUGUUUCCCGUUUCCCUUUUCCGAUUCAAACGUUGACGACAAACCUCUCAUCUGGUUCCCACCUGAUAACGAAUAG